AACUGUCUCAAAGGUGAUGUUGUAGAGGCUUUCCAGAUCCUCAAAUGUGCAUAUAAGAAGAAUCUCCUUUACCAUGACUUAGGGCCAUCAUCAUCAUCUGAGGAGGAACUGAAUAGCUAUCAGGAGGGCAAAGGCAGCAAGAAUCCUGCUAUUUGUGAAGCAGAGCUUGACAUAGAGUUGAACACAGACUCCGAGGAGCUCAAUGAUGACUUCACAGACAGUUCGGCAUGGUUGAAUGAUGAUUACAUGUAG